GCCGGCGGCGAUGUGAAAGAUAAGUUAAAAAAAAAACAAUUUUAAAUGGUUUUUUUGACUCUUUUUUUUUGUGUUAUUUUUGUUUUAUACCUAAAAGUGACUUUCAUUUCAUUCAUUUGCAAAAAUAGGAGGAGUAAAGUGAGAUAAAAAGAAUAACAAGGGUGCAUUGAAGAAAAACCAGCAAGGAAGAUUUCUUCAAUUUCUUCAAUUUUCUUCAAGAGUUCUAAGAGGUAAGUUGGUAACAUUGUUUUUUUGAGAUUUUUUUGUUUCUUAUAUGCAAAAAUUCAUUUUUCUAUUCUUUUUUUUUUGAAAGUUUUACAUUUUAUUCCAAAAUCUUUUCUAUGUUACUAUGUAGGCCCAGGGUUUGUAAUUUUAUUUUUUUUAAAGUAGGGUUUGACAAACCCUACAAUUUAAAAAAAAUAAAAUUGCAAACCCUAGUUACCCUACUUUAGCUUUUUUGAAAAAAAUGUUCAAUGAGAAUGAAAUUAUGAAUGCACAACAUAGAAUGAAUGUCUUAAUUUAUUUUUGCAUUUGUAAUGUUUUAUUGCAGCAACCUUCACAUUCUUAUUUGCCUCAAGUUUCACAAAACAAUCAUACAAUGUCCUCUUCUAGACCUCCCAUUAGAAAGGACCCUGCUUGGAAAUAUCAUGAGGAUUUUCCAGGGCAAAGAAAAGGGCAAACAAAGUGUAUAUUUUGCAAAACAAUAUUCCAUGGAGGCAUAUAUAGAUUGAAAUACCAUAUUGCUGGUGUGCGUGGGCAUGAUGCCGACCCAUGCACAAAAGCAGUCACUGAGGCCGUACGUGAUUGCUAUGUAAUGGUUGAAGAAAUUGAAAGGAAAAGGAAAGAAAAAGAGGAUCUCACAGUCAUUGGGAGACAUGCACCUUUAGGAACAGGGACACAAUUAGGUUGUGUUGGAGGGCCUUCUUCCUUACCUUCAUAUCGUCCCACUCAUUUUGCUACUACUCAUGCUUCCGGUUCUGCUUCUAUAAGUGCCAGUGCUAGUGCCAGUGCCUCUGCCCCUUCUCAUGUUCCUAGCACUGGCAGUGGUAGUGGGAAUGUUAGCAUUGGACCUAGGAUUCGUAAAUCUAGGUUGGAUACCUUUUUUGCACCUCGCACUACUCCUGGGUCCCAACAGUCACUUGAGAGCAUGGGUUGGAACAAGGAGGUCCAUGAUGCUGCUAAAAUGGCAGUUGGCAGAUUUUGGAUCUAUGGCAGUAUUCCAUUCUUCACAGCCAGGUCACCUUAUUGGCAAGAAAUGGUUGAUGCCCUUACCAUUUGUGGGGCGGGGUUCAAAGCCCCUUCUGAGUUUGAUUUGAGCGGACCCAUUUUGACUGAAUUGGUGAAUGAUGUGAAGAAAGAAUUGGGUGAUCAACGCCAAAUAUGGAGCACUAAAGGUUGCACCAUCAUGACUGAUGGUUGGACAGACAGGAGAAAUAGAACUCUCCUUAAUUUUCUUGUUUCUUCCGCAGGUGAUUGAUUAAUUUUAGUUUCAUUUAGGCAUUAAUUUUUUAUUUUUCAUUUAAUGAUUUAUUGAAUGAUCAUUGAUCUUGCUUUAUUUUUUUA